AGAGCUUCGCAUUGGGCGCUGAACGGCCGCGAGAGAUCGGCGUUUGAAUUCUCGCCACCCUACAGAAGCGGCCAGCAAGCCUUCCAGCCACGUGAGCCUUUGCUGGGCCCGAAACAAGGGCCUAGGCACUCAAAAAAGCGUCUUAGGAAGCUGAGUGCACAAGGGCUUUAGCCCACCCUCGGCGCGUCGCAGCCGCCCCGCGCACCCGCGGCGCCGCCCCACGCGUCCGCCGGCACGAGCGCGGAGACCGCAGCUAGCUCAAAAACAGCCCAGAAAAAAUGGGCGCCAACACGUCCCGCGCGCAGCAGACGCGGCGCCGCGCCGUCGCCGUCCGAACGCUCCAAGAGCAGGCCCGGCCGGCCGUCAUCAAAGCGGACCACCCGCGCAAAUCCAAUGCAUGGGACGCCGACGCCGUCGCUGCGUUAGUGAAGAGCGGGAAACUCGCACCGCCUACACAAGGAGAGGACGAUCCCACUACAAAAGCAACGGAGGAGUGCCCGAUCUGCUUCCUCUACUUCCCUACUAUGAACUCUUCAAAAUGCUGCAAUCAAACCAUCUGUACAAGUUGUUAUUUGCAAGUGCGGCCUCAAGAAGGUCAAACAGAGUGCCCCUUCUGUAGCGUGGAAGAUUUCGAGGCCGAGGCCUGUGAAUGCAAAGAGGAGUGCAAGAUCGACACGCCCGUCGCCCACAAGGUUUCUAUCGAUGAGACCGUGGCCACGGUGUCCAUUGAUGAUCGCCGCAAGAUGGAGGACGAAAUUAGGGGACAGCAGCUCGAGGCGCGACGGCGCGGCGACGUCCCGGAGCCCGUGCCCGGCGCGGCGCCGCAGCGACGAGGGUGGCGGCGGCCCCAGUUCAUUCUCAGGAGGCGGGGGAGUAAUCCAGGAGAGGGCACGCAAGCUCUACCUCUGGACGACGUGCAUCGUCUAUUGGCGUCGCUGGGCGAUCUCCAACACGUCGAAGAUUUGAUGCUGCUGGAGGCGAUGCAGGCGUCGAUGCAGGACGAGGCUGCGAGAAGGGCGAGAGCCGCUUCCGAAGGGGACGAGGCGCCGCCACCACCCAUGGUCUCUCAGGAGGAGGAGGAGGACGACGACGACGACGCGGCCUUCCGGCUGGCCGUGCGCGCGUCGCUGCGGGAGAGCGGCGGUGAUGUGGAUGAGGAGGAUGACGAGGAGUCUGUGGAGGACGAGGACGAUACGGAUGAGGACGCCGAGGCGAAGGACGAGGAGCGGUUCCUCGACGAGCUGCCCGAUGCGAAGGAGUAAAUUAUAAC